AUGGCAGAAAGCUUAACGUGUUCUGUGAUAUCUCGAAGUAAAAGUGAUGUAACAGCGAUGAAGGAGACACUUCGUGCCCAGCAGCAACUUCUGGAAAAGCUAUAUGCUGAGUUGGAUGAGGAAAGAGAAGCUUCAGCUACUGCAACGAGUGAAGCACUGGACAUGAUACUGCGUUUGCAGGGAGAGAAGGCUGUGGUGAAGAUGGAGGCAGGUCACUACAAGAGGGUGGCAGAAGAGAAGAUAGGCCAUGCUGAGGCCUCUCUUGAGGCUUUUGAGGAACUUAUGUAUCAGAAGGAAAUGCUAAUUGUGUCUCUCGAAUUUCAAGUCCAGGCUUAUAGACACAAACUUAUGAGCUUGGGGUGUGAACUCAGUGCUAAUGAGUUUGAGUUCCCAGAGGAUUUGAUGCUGAAUAAAAGUGAUAAAAGAAACGGAGAAAAUGGGGAGCAGAGUAGCACCGUUAGAAGGCUACAUUCAAUGCCCGCAAUUCAGUUUCUGAGUUCCUUGAGAGCUGCUACCAGGGAAAGAUCACCUAGUCCAGUUCUUGAUGUGAUUCCUAAGAUAGUAGAGGAGGAGAGUACUGACAAGGAAGUAGCUCAAACUAGUUUGGAUCUGACAAGAAAGUCAGUUGACUUUUCAUGUAGCAGUGGAACUCUUGAUUCUUAUUUGAACCAGAUAAAGGAGUUGAAUGAACAAGUGAGGGUCAUUUCGGAUUGUGCUGAAGGAGAAAAGAGUGCAAAUUUGAGUAGUAGAAGAGGAAGGUCCUGUUCAAUUAUAUCACAGGCAAGCAUUGAGAGGUUGCUCUCUAAUAACACAGACGAAGUGAAUCAAGGUGAAAGUUCACAUAAUGGAGGAGUUGUUAACGAUUCUCCUGGCUUGCAUAAUGUCCAUGAUGUGUAUGAAGUCCCACAAACUAGUGAAAAGCAUGGAAAAGGGUUGAAUUUGGGUGCAGAGAACAGAUUAACAAAACCAGAUCCUGUGUCUCAGGGAACGAUUGAAUCACUUGUCAAACUUGGAGCAGAAAAGAAAAAGGGUAUGCUUAAAGUGCAUCGUGAAAUCAAAACUCCUUCUCCUACAGUUAUGAUGACUGUGAGUGACCAUAAAAAAGAAGUGAUGGGUGAGGAUUGCAAUUCUCAAGCUGAGUUACAUAAGCUGAUACAGAGAAUUGAGAGGCUUGAGAGGGAGAGUGUUAGUGCAAAGCAAGAGAUUACUCAUGAAUAUGGUGAAGAGCAGUUGAGGCUGUUAAAGGACAUACAAAGUCAACUCCAAUCAAUACAAUCAGAGAUAAGAAGCUUGAAAACCAAAAAAACCAGUCCUAAGGACGACCUGUCUUUGGCUUCUCUCCAAGAGGCAAUGUUGCACUUCUGGCUUUGA